AUGGAAAUAGGAAUCAAAUUAAAGCGUCGUCCGGAUUUACCGAAUUCGCUUCGAUGGUCCAACGAUAAUCAAAUUGUGGUUGUCACACCUUCAGCAUUGUAUAUUUGCACACCUAAAUAUAAAGGAUCGAAAUCCGAUGAAGGAUACACUACUACUUCUAAUGCUACGUCUACAUCAAUACAUCCAGAUCUUUUGAGAUUUGAGGAUGUAGUGAUAAAUAAUCCUAUUCCAAAGAAAUCUGAUGAAGGUUUUCGAUGUGCAACGUGGUCUCCUAUUGGUUGUUCAUCCUGUAAUGGUUGUUUAUUGGCUGUAAUUACGACACACUAUUACGUCGCUGUAUAUGGAACAAAGAUUGGAUCUUUCCCGACACAAUGGAUUGAGAUCGUAAACUUAUCUCAAUUGUUGAUUGAGAAUUUAUAUGAUGACGAUGAUCACAUUCAAUUAAAAAAUCGGGAUGGUAUUUUUGAAAAAACAUCGGACGAAAUGUUAUCAACGUCCAUCGAUUGGUCAUCACGAUGUUUUCCUGCUGGACGUGAUCCUUUUUCAAUUAUUGCCGUGGGAAGUAAAGCUGGUACUAUAACAUUAUGGAGAAGUUACAAAAAUAAUAUUGAGUUUAUUCACAAAUUUAAGGCACACGAUUCUUGGGUGGUAUCGAUGAGCUGGUCACUUUGGGUAGAACUCGAUGACUGCACUCAUGCGGUUAACUUGGUCACGGGAUGUGUUGAUGGUUCAGUAAGCUUAUGGAAAAUAUUAUUUUCGUUGCCAAUUCUAGAUGAAGAAAACGACAACGAUUUGAUAAACACUAUAAAAGUUUCAUCUGAACUUCAAAAACCAUUGCUCAUUGCCGAUUCACUUAUACCUUCGAUUAUAAAAUGGAAUUGCGACAUGGAUGAUAACAUUGAUCGAUUAGCAUUUGCAAGAGGAAACAAAUUGUAUGUCUUGAAUGCGCCAUCCCCAUUUCUGUUAAAUACUGAUAAGUGCGUUUACCUAGAGAAUUCAUUUUCAUUGUCGAUGUCUAUUACAGGAAUGAAUUGGAAUUACAAUGCAAGUCAAUUACGCGUUUUCUCUGUUGAUGGAAAACAUUGGACAUUUGAUGUAUCGGAGAAUUCUAUGUCUAUUAAUCAAGAUGUGACAGAUUUUAUAAGUCAAAUGAUAGAUGAAAUUUGUCUGGACCAAAUUAACAAUGAUGACGUAUUAGAUCAAGAUGAGAAGGAGGUUGAAGAAGAUGAAGAUAUAGGAGAAAGAAAGCCUUUAUUUUAUGGUGUUGAUGCUUCAGCGAAUGAAUUUUUUAUAUCUAGAAUGAUAUCUCAAACGGAAAAUGAAUACGUGACCGACAAAGUCGAUAACUCUUAUUUAAGUCUUUGCUUAGCUGAAGAAGAGAAUUCAUCAGAAAUCAGUCUCUCUUUAAUCUCUCGAAUAAAAAAUAUACUAAAGAACAAUAGAUUCAUUCUUCGAGAAAAAUCUCCAAGAUACCAAUUUUGGGAUAUACUCGAAUACUUUGAUGCAGAAAGACAAUACAAUGACCAAGAUUCAUCGUUUAAUUGUUUAUUGAAAGCAUGUAAUGACGUUUGCGACGAUACGUCUGCGAAAUCAACAACCUUGGAAGAGAAUCAUUUUCAAUUUAAACCAUUGUAUCUUUAUGAUACGUAA